AUGAUCCUGACUUGGGUCACGUACGCCGUCCCACGUUUGCGCAACCACAAGCCUUCCGAUCUACGAUAUCUGUCAUUGGGGACAAAUUUUGCGAUGGCUACCGCCGCGUUCAACCUUUGUUCUAAACACAUCCUCCUCAACGUCCGUCGGACCUGUCUUAACAGCAGCGGAACGGCGGCCCGUUGGCUGGGUAGUACGUUUUAG